AUGAGGUCCGGAGGCGCCGCCGAGGUGAUAGAUCUCUCCAGCGACGACGACGGGGAGUCCCUCCCCUUUCCCAGCACCAGCGCCGUCACCGUCGCCCCCUCCUCCACCCGCGAUGUCAAGCCGUACGAGCUCGCCGAUGUGAAGCCCCUGCUUUACCCGAUCCAGCCCCCAGGCUGCUUUGCGCUCGUGCCCGUCAAGGACGAGGACCCCGUGCCCUUGCCACUCGCCGCCAAAGCCCCCAGGGUCCUCCCCCCGCCGCGCCUCUGCCGCCAAUUCUGGAAGUCCGGCGAGUAUGUUGUAGCCCGCCGCAACCCUGACGCCGAUGCCCCUGGCGGGCGGAAUCGGCUGAGGAUCAAUCCAAAGUUCCUGCACUCAAAUGCUACUUCUCACAAGUGGGCAUUUGGCGCCAUUGCUGAGCUUCUUGAUAACGCUAUUGAUGAGGUGAAUAAUGGGGCAACAUUUGUUCGUGUUAAUAAAUUCACAAACCCACGGGAUGGUAGUCCCUCAUUGUUGGUUCAAGAUGAUGGAGGGGGGAUGGAUCCAGAUGCACUGCGAUGUUGCAUGAGCUUUGGAUUUUCAGAUAAGCAGUCUGAUGCUUUCAUCGGGCAAUAUGGCAAUGGUUUCAAAACAAGCACAAUGAGGCUUGGAGCGGAUGUGAUUGUUUUUACACAGAACCAAAAAAACUGGACACCGACAAGAAGUAUUGGUCUUCUUUCUUACACAUUUCUGAUGGAAACAGGCUGCGAUGAUGUAUUGGUGCCAACAGUAGACUACCAAUACGAUCUUACAACUGCUUCAUAUACUCAGCUGUUACGUCAUAAUCAGAAACUCUUCUCUUCUAAUUUGGCGAUCCUUUCGAAAUGGUCCCCUUUUGCUAGUGAAGCUGAGUUGCUUAAACAAUUUGAUGAUAUCGGAGAGCAUGGGACGAAGAUAAUUGUAUUCAACCUCUGGUUCAAUGAUGAUGGGGACAUGGAGCUUGAUUUCAACUCCGAUAAGAAGGAUAUCCUCAUUACUGGGGCACAGAAGAAGGUCAAAACCAACAAACAUGAGAAGCUUAUGACUCAGGACUACAUUGCAAAUCGACUUCGUUAUUCACUUAGAGCAUACGCCUCCAUCUUGUAUCUUCGUGUACCUGAUAGUUUCAGGAUAAUCCUGCGUGGACAGGAUGUGGAACCACAUAAUGUAGUUAAUGAUUUGUUGUAUCGUGAAUGUGUGUUGUAUAAACCACAAAUCGCUGGACUUCCAGAGCUAUCUAUAGUCACAACCAUCGGAUUUGUCAAAGGUGCCCCAGACACUGAUGUACAAGGAUUCAACGUUUAUCACAAGAAUCGUUUAAUAACGCCUUUUUGGAAAGUUGCCAGCAACUCAUAUGGCAAAGGGCGGGGAGUUGUGGGUAUUCUUGAUGCGAGUUUCAUCAAACCUACCCACGACAAGCAGGACUUUGAGAAGUCAGUCCUUCAUCAAAGGCUUGAGAAUCGUUUGAAAGAAAUGACUUAUGAAUACUGGGGCCUACAUUGCCAUCGCCUUGGUUAUGAUAACAAGUCAUUACCUAAAGCAUCCCGUGCACUUUAUCGUGCUAAGCAGACGGGCGCUGGUAGUUCGCCAGCAAGUGUUCCGCAUCAGUUACUGACUGCUGAUAUUCCAACAAGCAGCUGUGUACAGAGUAGCAUGGGACAGAAGAGAAAUUUCGAUGCCCUCGGAGUCAUCAGCGACAUAAAUAAUCACCAGACGAAGCAUCGGAAUGUUAUUCAACGAAAACGAUUUCAUGAAUACAAGACCUUGACACUUGAAAAUGACAAAUUGCGUGAUGAAUGCUUACAAUACGAGGAAUCAGAGAAGCAACUUGUCGAAAAGGAACAAAAGCUCCGGUAUCAAAUUGCUAAGGAAACAAAGAAGUAUGAGGAAUUAUUAGAAGAGCUCAAAUUAUUAGAUGUGAAGUUAGAGACAUAG